UAUAACUAUUAAUUAAGUGGGGCUGAUGAAGGUAAAUUGGUAAGAUAUUCUUCAUUUAUCACGGGUUGUGCCACAAAUCUUACAGAACUUAUUAUCUGUAGUGUUAUCAGUUGUGAUAAUUUUUGACAUUGUGGCAUGAUUUUAUUGAGAAAAAAAAUAAUCAACAGAACUUUAUCACAGUUAAUUGAACUGUGGGCCUACAUUUGUUUUAACACUCGUCUACUACCAUUUAAGGUUCCUCUGUGAUACUGUAAGCUUAUCGGCUUACGAAAAAUACACAGAAAUGGGUGUGUUUUGGCAGCAGCUGGUGGCGACGCUGCUGUUAGGCUUGAACAUGGGUGUCGUACAAGUGUUGGCGACUCCCCAUGAACCCAGAGACGUCGCUGUGGUCACCCUGGAUGCGCCCGCUCUUUCUCUCGUGCGCAGAGCCAACGAGCGUAUUCUGAGCUUCACCCUGGACUCGUCAUUCAUCAUGGAUAGAUGGGUGGACAAACACAUGAGGAAUGAGAAAUUCCUGAAGCUGGCUUCACAUCUGACAGCAGCCUACAUGCGGGUUGGAGGCACCGUGAGCGACGCGAUGUUGUUCAAGGAGAGCUCGUCGCUGGAAGGGAAGAUGUCUGGAGAGGAUUCUACGCGGGACUUUGCAACGUUCUACAUGACCGGUAACGAAUGGAAGCUGAUCAACGAAUUCGUGAGGAAAGCCGGCCUCAAACUCGUGUUUUGCCUGAACGCGCUCCACAGGACUGGCUCCGCCUGGAAUCCCGCUAAUGCUAAGGAGCUGCUGGAGUUCUCCAGCAAGCAAGGCUACAGCAACAUCACCUUCCAGCUGGGGAACGAGCCGGACCUGUUCAGCGCUAUGUACCACCAGUACGUGACGACCAGCCAGCUGGCGACGGACUUCGCCUCCCUGCGGUCGCUGCUCGACUCGUUCCCCGGGUUCCGGGGCAGCGCCCUGGUGGGGCCCGACGUGUUCAGCUCCGACUGGUACCUGGGCCGCUUCCUGGCGGCGCAGAAGGCGCAGAACCACUCGCUCAGCGUCGUGUCCGCGCACCAUUAUUACGUAGCAGGGGAUGUUGCAAAGGUGACAGAUUUUUACAACCCCACAAUUCUGAACACGCUCAUUUCGUACAUCAACGAAAAGAAGGCACUUCUCGUCAACACGAGCACGAACUCCCCAUUUUGGCUGUCCGAGACGAGCUCUGCCUACAAAGGCGGGGCGGCCAACAUCUCGAACAAGUUUGUGGAUGGCUUCAUGUGGCUGGACAAGCUGGCCCUCGCGGCGAAGUUGGGGGUGGACGUGGUUUGCAGGCAGGACAUAUACGGCAACAAGUACGGCCUGCUCAACAUAGACAAUUUGGAUCCCAACCCUGACUGGUGGUUGUCGGUGCUGUACAAGAAGCUGGUGGGCACUGGCGUGCUGAACACCACCCUGCCCAGCGGGGCGGUGCGGCUGUACGCGCAGUGCUCCAAGACCUCCCCGGGCUCCGUGCUGCUGUUCGGCAUGAACCUGGACUCGCAGGAGGUGCAGGUGCAGCUCAGGCUGGGCGCGGCUGGGCGCUCGGCCCAGGGCAAGGUGUCCGCCUACGUGCUCACCGGGGAGUCCGGCCUGCUGUCGCAGACGGUGCUGCUGAACGGCAAACGGCUCGAGCUGGGGGCGAACUACAGCCUGCCGACCCUGCAGCCCGUGUCGGUGGAGGCGUCUGCGCUCCGCCUUCCUGCUUUCUCCUUGGCCUUCCUCGUGCUGGAAGACGUGCAAGCGUCCGCUUGCAAGCAGCAGUAGCGGCGAAGCAUGCGUACAGGGACUCGAUACAUAUGUUAGCAACAUGGCGUAGUUUUGUUACGACUGCAAUAAACUUUUCCUGAUUAGUAAAUCAUU